AUGCUUUCAUAUUGUGUAAAGAUUACCUUACUUACCCUCUGUUUUGGUUAUGUUUUUGCUAUUGAUGAAAACUACACCUUCAAAGACUUUCCACAAGAAAAGCUGAGGCCACUGACUGCUGCCUAUGGACUGGCUUUGGAGAAUUAUGUUGCUAAAAACUGGACAGAGGCGAUCACACACCUGGAGACUUGUCUUCGUCUGUACCGUUUGUUCAGAGACAGUGUGAGGUAUUGUUCUUUACAUUGUAACAGGAGCAGAAUAGAAGAACCUCCAAUCACUUUGACCAAGGAUCUAAAGGUUUACUGGAGUUUAAUGACAAAGGCGUCAUGUCAAAGGAAAUGUAGAGAGCGCUUUCCUGUGCUCCAGCUUCCUCCACCGGGGAAAACUGUUCUGGAAGAUUUCAACAAGAGGAGGCCAUACAAAUAUCUGCAUUUUGCCCACUCCAUGGUUCAGGACUUGCAGAGUGCCAUUCCUUGUGCUUUCACCUACCUCCAAAGAAAUCCUGAGGACAAAGAACUGCAGAAGUUAAUGGAUGAAUAUAAAACAAAAUACAACCUGACCGGAUUUCUUAUAGACUAUGAAGAGAGGCCUUAUGAGCCUUAUUUUCUCAAAGGAGUGAAACUGGUGAAUUCUGAGGAUUAUAAUCUCAGCAUUGACCAGUUGGAGAAAGCGUUGAAGUUGUAUCUUAAUGAAUUUGAGCUGUGCCAGUACGAAUGUGAAGGGGUCUCUCACAUACCCCCAGACCAGGACCUGUAUGCCACCAUCACAGAUGUUUAUGUUGAGAUACUGAAGUGCAAGCUCAAUUGUGAAGAGAAUCUGAAGCCAAAUGUCGGUGGCUUUUUUGUGGAGAACUUAUUGUCCACUAUUUACCAUUACCUCCAGUAUGCCUAUUAUAAGUUGAACAAUGGCCAUAAUGCUGUACAAUGCGCUCACAGCUACUUCCUGUUUGAGCCUGAGGAUCAAGUCAUGAAGCAAAAUCUGGUUUACUAUGAGACCAUUAGUGAACAGUGGGGUCUGCAGUCUGAAGACUUCACACCACGCCAGGAAGCUCUCAGACAUUACAAUCAGACGGUUGCACAAAAGCACAUUCUUACAUUUACUGAAAAGUACAUGAAAAUGGAUGAUGAGGAUUUCUUUGGUGCAGAGGAAGCUGCUGCUUUGGCUGAUGAGUCCCCGGAUGUGGAGUUUGAGGGAAUCGGAGAUUAUGAAGAGUCAUUUUUAGCCAAAUGGAGACAGGCCAAAGGCAAAGGGGACACAGGGGAGACUGACCUACGGACCAGGAGGGGACUAAACUAAUGGAACAGUCUCAGUUAUUUAAAAGGUUCACUGUGUAACUUUUCUGGUGGAUGGUCCGCUACCUACUUGUCUCCAUGGAGAUGUUAUAGCUUUCCCUGAAAUGUUCCAUGGUAUGACAUUAAACAUAUCUAUCUGGCAUGUAUUCAUUACUCGUGUUUCUAUUGCUAUUGCAAUCUAUACUGUGGAACAUUCUAGACAAAGCAAUAACAUCUCCAUGGAGACAAGCAGGUAGCAAACCCACCACCAGAAAAGUUGGGCAGUGCACCUUUAACAAUAUUCCAGUCGGUUCAAUAUGACUUUCUUCCACAGGUCUAAGGGUCAUCAUUAAUAAUUAAUAAACCACACAUACACAAUAGCAGUCAGAUAUGUUUUAAUGUAUUUCUAUUUACAAUAUUUACAGUGAAUACUUUCUGGUCUCAAGUGCUCAUACUCCAGUGUUCCAAUGACUAAAGGAUGUUAAAGGAUACUUUAACAUGUCCUCAGUUG